AUGCUCGUACUGCCCAUAAGUCUGCUCUCCCAGGACAAGCCGACAGAUUCGACGUCCACGAUGGAGGACUGCGCGGCGUACAUAGGAACGUACUCCAAUGCACUCCUCCAACGGCCUGAAUAUGUCAACUGCGACUUCCCCAAGCAGUUUGCGGCUGGCAAACUCGACUCGCGCCGCCUGAAGGCCAUCGACUGCACGCUCAAGCUAUGCAAAACCGUGAUCGAAGGCAACAAGAACGCGUUCUCAGUGUUCCCAGGGUGCUCCCUUCCCGACACUGCAAGUAGCAACACACCCGUCGAACUCGCCACGCUCAGUUCGCUGUGCACGGACAUUUCAAUUGUCGACACGGGUGUCGUCACCGGUCCUCCCUCGUCAUCGCCAUCAGCCUUCGCCCCUGCAUUCUCUCCUUCUCCAUCCAAUCCAUCACCCAUGUAUCUAGCUACCCCUCCUUCAUCGACUCGUUCGACCUUGGAUGCUCCGAAUAACACUGGCAUCCUCGUCGCGGCCGGCGCGAGCAUUGCCGUCUUGGCGCUGGUCAUAUGCGGAUACGUGUACAUGCGCACCCAUCGAAAGCAUACCACCAGCGCCUUUGCACGGGUAGAAGACGGAGAACGAACGGACGACCAGCAAACCCAUCAAAAGGGCGACCCCACGUCCGUAGCACCUUCGACCACGUCUUCCACGGGAGAUUCUUCGUACGCGGUUACGGGGGAGCUGGACUUGGCCGAGAUGGAACGGCAUCGCAUUCCAGCGGCCAACGUCGUCCUCGUGAAGACGCUGGCCAGUGGCGCGUUUGGCCAAGUGUGGCUAGGACAGUUGAACAGCCGACAGGUCGCCGUGAAGACGCUGCUCACGACCUGCACGACCAAGUCAGAUCUGCAAAAGUUCAUGUGCGAAAUUGCACUAGUUGCCAAAUGGGGCUGGGUUGUGUGGUACGAUUGCAGUUUGCACUUGGGCUCCAUAGUAUGUACUAGCAUGUACUACCGGAUCGAGUGCGAAUAUGUUGUGUCGUUCAUUGGAGUCGCUUGGACGCGGCCAACCGACAUGAUGCUAAUCACAGAGUUCAUGGACGGCGGCGACCUGCGCAGUGCGCUGCAGCCCAAUCUCGAAACCCAUCGACGGCUGACAUGGAAGAUGAAGGUCCAGAUAGCCCACCGCGUCGCCGAGGGACUGGCGUACUUGCACUCGAUGGCACCAAAGGUGAUCCAUCGAGACUUGAAGUCACGCAACGUACUGCUGGACUCGGUCCAGGGCGCCAAGAUCACAGACUUUGGCAUUUCCAGAGAAACGAACGACGCCACCAUGACGGCCGGCAUCGGCACGUAUAGGUGGAUGGCGCCAGAGGUGCUCCGAGACGGUCACUACUCGGAACUGUCGGACUUGUUCAGUUUCGGCGUGAUCUUAGCCGAGUUGGACACGGAGAUCUUGCCGUACUCGGACCUGCGCAACGACAAGGGCAACCUGCUCACGGACACGGCCAUCAUGGCCAAGGUCAUGGCGGGACAGCUGCGACCGACGCACGCGCCUCAGUGUCCGGACUGGUUUGUCACGCUAGGGAGGAACUGCACGGCGCUGCAUCAGAUGGAUCGACCCACUGCCGUCGAAGUCGCCUACGUCCUUGGACAACACCUCAGCAAGCUUUAAUGCUCCACCCCAGGUGUUUCGUCCAUAUUACCAAAAAAGAUCGAUUAGUAAUACUAGUACAGGUAUACUACAGUGGUACUCUCUGGUGUUAGC